AUGGCCAAUAUGUAUGAUGACCAAGGCGAAGGUGGUUUCCGUAGAAGGAGACCUCGACCAGUCACCGACUACGGCUCGUCCAUAAUUCAGUGGAUGAACAAUCGAAAACCAGCAUACAAAGGAAGCUAUCACUACGAGCAGGAACGACCAAGUCUGAGCUACGUGAUUGAUAUCUUACCGCCGCCAGCAAAACGAGAUGCGCCGGCAGAGUCAAUACCGGUACGACAUCUUCACACAUCACUCGGUAAAUCCAAGAAACCGGUCACUGUCGUGAGAUGGAUGCCUGAAGGGCGUCGACUCCUUGCUGGCGUCCACAACGGCGAGUUCAUGUUAUGGAAUGGCAUGUCCUUUAACUUCGAGACUGUCACGGCCAUGGGGUCUAGCUCGCUCCGAGCGGCCGAAUGGUCGAAUCGCAAAGACUGGCUCGUUGCCGCCAACGACGAAGGCACGGUGUACUAUCUACAACCGACAUUAAACAACCCGCAUCAGUUUAAGGGCCACGAUGCUCCGAUCAGGGAUAUCGCCUUCGCCCCCAGUGACACCAAAUUCGUCACUGCAUCCGACGACAAUACCUGCAAGAUAUGGGACUUCACGUCCUCCACCGAGGAAUCCAUCUUCAAAGACCACGGCUGGGAUGUCAAGGCCUGUGACUGGCACCCGACCAAAGCCCUCAUCGUCUCUGGGAGUAAAGACCACAGUGUCCGGUUAUGGGAUCCUCGCACAUCACGCAGUCUCACCACCCUGCAUGGGCAUAAGAACGCCAUCACAGCCACUGUCUUCAGCCGACUUCGCGACCAGCUCCUCGCCACAUCCGGCAGAGACGGCCAAACGCGCAUCUUCGAUCUACGCAUGAUGCGCGAUGUCGCCGUUCUUCGAGGCCACGAAAAAGGCGUGACGACAUUAUCGUGGCACCCCAUCCACCCGGGCCUCAUCAGCACCGGCGGCGACGACGGUUCGCUCCAUACCUACCUUCUCACCGAACCGAACACACCACCCGGCAUCUCUUCAACCACGACCUCACCCUACGCUUCUCCCGACCCACGCUCUGCACCCGCUCAGUCGAUCUACCCAGCACACCGCAUCCCCCACGCUCACGACUCCUCAAUCUGGUCUCUCGACUGGCACCCGCUAGGCCACAUCCUAGCCUCAGGCUCAAACGACCACUACACACGCUUCUGGUCGCGCGCGCAACCCGGGCAAACAAACUGCUUCAAGGACAAAUUCCACCUUGGUGAAGAAGGUGCCGAAGCCCAAGGCACGUGGGAUCGCAAGUUCGGCCAAAAGCAGGCCAAAGAGCUAGAAGAACAAGAAGCCGAGGACGAAGCCGAAGGCCUAGAAGAUCAGACCGUUUCGGGCUUGCAAUCUGCAGCCGCUGGUUUCUCGAUCCCGGGCCUGCCAGGGUUAAGUAUGAACGGGUCAGCACAGCCUGCGCCAUCUCUACCUGGCAUGAGCAACAUUCCUCCACCUCCACUGAACCUACUCCCAGGCCUACCGAACAACCCACAUGCAAAUCCUAACCGAAUGGCGAUGCAAAAUGCUCCGCCCAUUCCACAAAUUCCAGGUGUCGACGCAGAGUCUCUGCAGCGUUUGUUGGCUAUAUCUCAACAAGCUCCGCAAGCACAGCAACAAGCGCCUCAACCGCCUCCAGGCUUCCACCAACCGCCUCCGCCCGGCCUUGCCGGCGCACCGCCCAUUGACUUUUCCAAACUGAAUCUGCCACUCGGAUUCCCGCCGCCACCGCCGCCGCCGCCAGGUCAGCUACCACCUGGACUGCCUGGCCUGGGCAUGCAGAACCCGUCGAUGGCUGGUAUACCCGGUCUCGGUGCUCCUCCAGGCAUGUCGCUCGGUGGCGGUGACAAUGGCAACGGCGCCAACACCCCGCCCACAGAUGGCGGUAAUGCGCGUAGACGUGCACCGUUGCCAAGCCAGCGCGAUGGCUUCAUGGCAGAGCAAGCGAGAGGCAAUUUCCGUGUUGCGCGAUAG